GUUAUUUAUCUCCUUCUUAAAUUAGAUUUUAAUGUAUUAUAGUGAGCAGUUGGCAGGAAGUGACUCAAACAAGAGUGCUAUUGUAGAUAAGGGUGGUAUGGACAAGCUUAUUAAACUUGCAAUGAGAUUUUCCGAUGAUCCGAAUGUGCUACAAGAGGUCAUGUCUUUGAUAACUGUACUGUCCUUGAGGUCUCCGCAUAAUGCUUCGCGUGCAAUUGAAGCCGGAGCUGGUGAUAUGGUUAUCCAAGCUAUGCAGAGGUUUCCAGAAUCAGAGCUACUGCAAAGAAGCUGCUGUUUCAUGAUUCGAAACCUUGUGGUUAGGAAUCCAGAAAACAGAACUAUUUUGCUUGGUAAUGGCAUUGAGAAGCUCAUCAGAAAGGCAAAGAUUUACAAGAGCUGUAAGAAUGCUGCAACCGAUGCACUUAGGGAUCUAGGACUAGAUAACUAUAACUUGUAGUCCAACCAGGAGUCCAAGCCCAGUUUUUGUAAUACUUAUUAUAGCCCUAUCAAUUGAAAGAGAGUAUUUUAUGCUUAAAAGAUGAAUGCCAUUAGAACGGCUUCAUGAUUUUGAUUUGGAUUGUAACUCAAAUAUCUUCCGUAUCUUAUUUAAGUGUACAAGUGCAACUUCUAAUACAA